AUGCCUAACUCAACCAGCCCUGAGAACGUCAAUGGAGACGUUGCGGAGGUUCGGCUGACAGUUCUGUCCCUGGGAGGCUCCAAGCUGGCAGUGCUGGCUUGGCCGCUGGAGGCGCCGGUCCAGUCUCUCAAGCAGAGCUUGGCCAAGUACGGCCCACCAUGUUUGCAAGACCUCGUUUGGGGCGAGCAGCAUUUGACAGAUGAAGCAACUGGCCGAAGCCUUGGCUGGAAGGGAGAGGUCACGAUCUAUUUGACCCGACGGGCGCUUGACCUGGAGCGGGGCUUUGCAGAGCUGGAUGGCCGCAAGAAGGCAGACCUGGACUCCACCGAGUUGCAGAGGAAACAACUCGCGGAGCUCUUGCGCAGCAUGCACUGCGCUGUGUUGAAGGGGAAGAGAUGA